AUGGCUUACUUUUGGCUGCAGACAGUUACCAAGAACCAAAUAGUCAAUGCCAUGUUUACUGCACUUGUCCUGGGACCACAGCUUUAUGUCUUGUCAAGACCAAAGUCUUCCAGAUAUUGCAAAGAGCCUCUUCUAAAUAACCUCUCAGCUUCUAUAGUGCUCUCUUGCAUAGCUGCAGGUUUUUCGGUUGUAUUUACAUUGUUGGAGCCAGUCCCUUUAAGUGUGUGGAGGUGUUAUUACAUGUUUGGACUUCUGUCAUUUGGGCACGGCCUAAGCACUGUGAUCUUAACCUUGACAGCAGCAUCAUGUGCAAAGACCACCCCUGAGUUGUAUUACAUGUCCUUGGUACUGACUGUGGUUUCUAUCAUAAGCACAGGAUUUUUGGUGGUGAAAUGUGCUCUGUGGCUGAUCAACAGGCUCGACGAGGACAACGAACAGGAAGUCACCUCCGCUGCACCGCCUUGAAACCAUAGAAACACGAUCUUCCCUAUUAAGCUUUAAUGCAGUCACCAUGCCACCACUCACUGUAACUUCAAACCAUGGGAACAGAAGAAAGGGAAAGCAACUUAAUCCUUCUCACGUUUUGAUCUUCACUUGACAAAAGCAGCUGUUUUUUAUUAGGUUUAUGAACUGGAAUUUGAACUGGGAGUAAAUAACGAAGCACAGAGGUUAAACAAAUCAAAAAUUAAUCUUGUGAUAAUGUCGAAA